AUGACACCAGAAGUCUCGCUCAAAUUACGUCUACGCUGGCUAGAGGCACUCGUAACGGGCACCAGCGGAAGACGUUUUCCUCCCAAUCGGCAGGUUAAGUUACCCACGCAUGCUUUGGUGCGAGAGGUCGACGAGGCGCAAGAACGACUUGCUGCCAUUUGUAAGGAUAACUUGCCGAUGAAGCGCUUUAUCUCAUGCUAUGAGCUAUACGCCUCACUUCUUCCGCCUCCAGAAGACCAACCGGCGCCUCCCGAUUCUUUGACACCAGAUGAAGCAGUCGCAUACUUCGCCGAGGCCGAAGUGGACGUACGAUCUGCGGAUCGAGACAUGGCAGAUAUCAAGGAAUUGGAACGAAAGGGAGUAGUAAAUGCGGGCCGACUAUCGGAACAUGAUGCUCUCAAGCCCCGACUACGAGAGCUGAUGCAGCAUCAUCUGAGAAAUAGGAGGAAGUUCGCCGAUAUCGAACGACGGUUAAUGGACCUGUUGCAGGGUUAUGCCGCUUCGAUCGAUUCACUAUCAGAGAAAUUCGUAGAUCUCAAUGAGAUCAUGGCAGAUGCCGAGAUCCAGGUUUCCAGGUUAGAGAGGGAGAAGGCGGAACGGGAGAGACGGGGCUUAUCAUGA